UGGUGUAUUUGGUUCCGCCCUUCUUGACACGGUGCUUGGCCGCUGAGCUGCCGACAUGUAUCGCUCUGCAAGAAACAUCCAGCGAUUUAGUAGCCUUUUGCGGCUGCAGAACGGCACCGACACGAAAUACUACGGCCCGGCGGUUGGAGUGAUCAACUUCUAUUUACGAAUGGCGAGUUCAGAAUCCUACAGAAUUGAACGUGACACUUUCGGGGAGUUGAAAGUUCCAAGUGACAAGUACUAUGGCGCCCAGACUGUCAGAUCCACCAUGAAUUUCAAAAUCGGAGGUGUGACGGAGAGGAUGCCUAUUCAGGUUAUUAAGGCCAUGGGAAUUCUAAAGAGAGCUGCUGCAGAGGUGAACACAGAGUAUGGGUUGGAUCCAAAGAUUGCCGAAGGAAUAGUGAAAGCCGCAGAUGAGGUCAUUGCUGGCAAACUGGACGACCACUUCCCUCUGGUGGUGUGGCAGACCGGAUCCGGGACUCAGACUAACAUGAACGUCAACGAGGUGAUUAGUAACAGAGCCAUCGAGAUCCUCGGAGGCAAGCUCGGGAGCAAGGAUCCUGUCCACCCCAAUGACCAUGUCAACAAAAGCCAGAGCUCUAACGAUACGUUUCCAACGGCGAUGCAUAUCGCCGCGGCAACAGAGGUCCACGAGGUGCUCCUUCCAGGGCUUCAGCAUCUCCACGACAGUUUGGCUGCCAAGGCAGCAGAGUUUAAAGACAUCAUUAAGAUCGGACGCACACACACACAGGACGCUGUGCCGCUCUCUCUUGGACAGGAGUUCGGCGGAUACGUUCAGCAAGUCAAGUACAGCAUUGAGCGGGUGAAGGCCGCUAUGCCCCGCGUGUAUGAGCUGGCGGCUGGCGGAACUGCCGUUGGCACAGGCCUGAACACCCGUAUCGGAUUUGCAGAGAAGGUGGCAGACAAAGUUUCUGCUCUCACCGGCCUACCAUUUGUGACUGCGCCAAACAAGUUUGAGGCCCUGGCGGCCCACGACGCCCUGGUGGAGCUGAGUGGAGCCCUGAACACGGUGGCCGUCAGCAUGAUGAAGAUAGCCAACGACAUCCGCUUCCUGGGCUCAGGGCCGCGUUCCGGCCUGGGAGAACUCAUCUUACCCGAGAACGAGCCCGGCAGCAGCAUCAUGCCUGGUAAAGUGAACCCUACUCAGUGUGAGGCCAUGACCAUGGUGGCUGCCCAGGUGAUGGGGAACCACGUGGCCGUUACUAUCGGGGGAAGCAACGGACACUUUGAGCUCAACGUCUUCAAACCCAUGAUGAUAAAAAAUGUGCUCAACUCUGCAAAAUUGCUUGGAGAUGCUUCCGUCUCGUUUACCGACAACUGUGUGGUCGGCAUACUCCCCAACACCGAGAGAAUCAAUAAGCUGAUGAACGAGUCUCUGAUGCUUGUCACCGCACUUAACCCACACAUUGGUUAUGACAAAGCUGCAACAAUUGCCAAGACUGCCCACAAGGAGGGCACCACUCUGAAGGCCAUGGCCAUCAAGCUGGGCUACCUCACAGAGGAGGAGUUUGACAAGUGGGUUAGGCCCCAGGACAUGCUCGGACCCAAGUGAAUCACUAACAAGCUGCACACAAAUGAUCUAUCUGUAAAAUAAUAAAGACAUUUUUUGGAUGAAAUUA